AUGGCGGAUUCCUUGGCGUCUGCGAUGGAAAAUCUGAGGCUAACAGCCAAAGAUCUUGACCCAACUUCGAUACAAACUCAACUUGAGACUCCGAUCGCCGAGGGUGAAAAUGGUGCCUCGAGCGGUCCCGGACCUCGCAAGCAGGCACAUCAGAGUGGAACGGAGCUUUUGGCGGAAUUAGAAGCUGAAUUUUUGACUCCAUCUUCGAAGUUUACUCCCAGCUGGUUGAAUCAGCUACAGCACGGGAUUCUUCCCAUUCGCCCCGGCGGCCUAGAGGGCGUCGAAGCUCUCGCUCAGAUGGAGGCAGAUGUUCAGCCUGCAGAGAAAAAGCGCAGUGGAGGACAACAGACCGGCCUUGACCGAAUCAUCGAUUUCGGAUCUGAUGCAAAGUCCAAAGAAUCUGCGGAAGGUGACCAGGAGGUUGAACAUGCCCUACUCCAAGAGGAAAGCCAUCUCCAGAUUGAUCAAGCCGAAACCGAAGCCGAAGCCGAAACCGAAAAUGACACUGCACAAAUCAUCGAUGUUGACAACGAGAACGAGAUCAGCGACGAAGAAGAGGAAGACAUUGAUGCUCUUUUGCCGGUGGAGUUUGCCGCUUUGGAACCGCGCAACCCACUUCUUGCAGGGCUUCAGAAGCAGAAGGGCAGAGAAUGGGCGCAUGUUGUUGAUGUCAACAAGGAGAUCACUAAUUUCAGUGAACUUGUUCCUGACAUGGCUAGAGAGUGGCCAUUCGAGUUGGAUACAUUCCAGAAGGAGGCCGUCUACCAUCUUGAAAACGGCGACUCUGUCUUUGUUGCCGCGCAUACAUCGGCUGGAAAGACAGUUGUGGCAGAAUACGCCAUUGCGCUUGCAUCUAAACACAUGACCAAAGCCAUCUACACAUCCCCGAUCAAAGCUCUCAGCAACCAGAAGUACCGUGACUUCAGGACCGAAUUUGAAGAUGUUGGAAUUCUGACGGGUGAUGUCCAGAUAAACCCCGAGGCUAGUUGUUUGAUUAUGACCACCGAGAUUCUGCGAAGCAUGCUUUACCGAGGUGCUGAUCUUAUCCGAGAUGUGGAGUUUGUCAUUUUUGAUGAAGUACACUAUGUGAACGACCUUGAGCGUGGAGUGGUCUGGGAAGAAGUCAUCAUUAUGCUUCCAGAGCAUGUCACCCUGAUUUUGUUAUCUGCUACAGUGCCAAACACCCACGAAUUCGCCUCUUGGGUUGGUCGCACGAAGAAGAAGGACAUUUACGUGAUUUCCACCCCUAAACGACCUGUGCCUCUCGAACAUUACCUCUGGGCCGGGAAAGACAAGUACAAGAUCGUCGAUUCGAACAAGCGGUUCCUCGAGGCUGGCUGGAAAAAGGCGAAUGAUGCCAUGUCUGGCAGAGAUGUCAAGGCCAAGAAAGAGGCCGACGCCCAGGCUCAGGCUCAGGCUCAGGCUCAGACACAGCGAGGAGGCUCACAAGGACAGGGACGAGGGGGCGGACGUGGCCAACCUGGCGCCAGAGGUGGUCGAGGCAAUGGUCAACGUGGUGGUCCUCCUCAGCGAGGCGGCCGCGGGCAGCCCGGAGGGCGUGGUCAGCCUUCUAACCGGGGAACUGGAAACAUUGCCCGGACUGGACGUGGCGGUGGCCGAACAUCCGCCGCCCAAGAUAGAACCAUUUGGGUCUCACUGGUUUCACAUCUUCGAAAGGAAGAAUUGCUACCGGGCUGUAUCUUCGUUUUUUCCAAGAAGCGAUGCCAAGAGAAUGCGGAGUCCCUUACCAAGCAAGAUUUCUGUACUGCUAAGGAAAAGAGCGAGAUUCAUAUGAUGAUCGAGAAGUCGCUCACCCGGCUGAAGCCUGAAGACCGGACUCUCCCGCAAAUCCUCAAUCUUCGUGAGCUACUCAGUCGCGGUAUUGCUGUACACCAUGGUGGUUUGUUGCCUAUUAUGAAGGAGAUUGUCGAGAUUCUUUUCGCAAGGUCACUUGUGAAGGUUCUGUUUGCCACUGAAACAUUUGCCAUGGGUCUGAACCUGCCAACUCGGACAGUCGUGUUUUCUGGAUUCCGCAAGCACGACGGCAAAGCCUUCCGCGAUCUGCUUCCCGGUGAGUAUACGCAAAUGGCCGGACGUGCUGGACGCAGAGGUCUCGACAACGUGGGCUAUGUAAUUGUUGUUGCCAGUGGCCGCGAUGAAGCACCGCCUGCCGCUGGUUUGAAAAAGAUGAUACUGGGAGACCCGACCAAACUUCGUUCUCAAUUCCGACUGACAUAUAACAUGAUUCUCAAUCUGCUUCGCGUGGAAGCACUCAAAAUUGAGGAGAUGAUCAAAAGGAGUUUCAGCGAAAAUGCAACACAGGCUCUUCUGCCGGAGCACGAGAAGCAAGUUCAGCUUUCCGAGGCCAGUUUGGCGAAAAUCAAGCGGGAGCCUUGUGAAAUCUGUGAUGUGGAUCUUGAAGCUUGCCACACGGCCUCGAUUGAAUUCAAACGACUCACUAACGAGCUACACGCCAACCUACUAUCGUCCCCAGUUGGUAAGCGGCUUUUCAGUAUGAAGAGGUUGGAUGGAUUGCGUACGGCUGGUAUCCUAGUGAAGGAAGGUGUCACGUCAGGACCAGCACCAUGCAUCCAGGUACUCGAAAUCGGAACCAUAAGCUCGAAACGUCAUCCCAGCGAUAUCCUUCCGUUCCUGCCCAAACUCCGACAAUUCUUCCAAGAGCUUCCCCAGAAUGGAGCUUCAAUGAACCUUAAGGGCGUCAAAAUCCCACUCACCGAACUCGAAUGCGUCACGAACACCCAAGUCAAGGUCGGGGGCCCCAUUUGGUACCUGAACAUCAAGAAAGGUACUGCCCCUGAAUACAUCGUCUUCCCAUUGGAGUAUUACCGCAUCCUCCCAUCCGGACAAUUAGAACUAAUAGGCUAUUAUGAACUUGAAGAAGCAACAAAGUUCGCAGAUAAGGAGUUGACCAAGUAUACCUCUUCCUGGUUGAAGCCGGCAUGGGACGAGAUCGAUUGGUCCCGCAUUAAGGAGCUUCAGGUCCGAGAUAUUCUAGAUCAACGACAGACCCAGGCAGAAAUUGCUCAAUCUGGGCAUUGUUUACAGUGUCCCAAUUUCCUGAAACACUUCGAAAUGCAAAACGACGAAUGGCAAGUAAAGGAGAACAUCUCACAACUGAAACAACUGAUGUCGGAUCAAAAUCUUCAACUACUUCCGGACUAUGAACAGCGAAUUCAAGUGCUCAAGGAGCUGGGCUUCGUGGACGAUGUGGGGCGAGUGCAAUUGAAGGGCAAGGUGGCCUGCGAAAUUCACUCUGCUGACGAACUGGUAUUGACGGAGUUGGUCCUCGAGAACGUUCUCGCCGAAUACGAGCCGGAGGAAAUUGUUGCUCUUCUUUCCGCCUUUGUGUUCCAGGAGAAGACCGAGAGCACUCCUAAGCUCACACCUCAAUUGGAGAAGGGCCAAGAAGCCAUUAUCCGUAUCGCCGAACGGGUUAAUAACUUCCAGGUCCUACACCAAGUCAUCCAGUCUACGGAGGACUCUAAUGACUUUGCCAGCAAGCCACGCUUCGGUCUGGCAGAGGUGGUCUACGAAUGGGCCAAGGGAAUGUCUUUCAACCGCAUUACUGACCUGACUGAUGUGAUGGAAGGCACCAUUGUCCGGACUAUCAGUCGUCUCGACGAGACCUGCCGCGAGGUGAAGAAUGCGGCCAAGCUUGUUGGUGAUCCCUCGCUGUAUACGAAGAUGCAGCAGGCCCAGGAACUGAUCAAGCGUGAUGUCAUUUUCGCGGCAUCGUUGUACAUGUGA